UCUACCUUCACGCCUCCACCACACGCCGCGCUUGCAACUCCGGCCAGCUCGACCGGGGCCGAAACCAAGCAACCCCGGCACGAGCAAGACUCCCCGUAGGGCGUGCGCUCUACUACCAUACCAUGGUGCAACUCCUCGUAACCGUGGCCACCGCCGUGCUGCUGCUCGUGGCCGGCGCGACGGCCCAGCGGCAGGGCUGCGAGAACGCGACGUUCCCGGCCGGCCGGUCGUUCGAGCGGUGCAACACCCUGCCCGUGCUCGGGGCCAGCCUGCACUGGACGUACCACGCGGCGAACGGCACCGCCGAGCUCGCGUUCCGCGCGACGUCGGGCAGCGCCGGGUGGGUCGCCUGGGGCAUAAACCCCAGCGGCGCCGGCAUGCCCGGCAGCAACGUCUUCGUCGCCUCGCAGGGCGGCAGAGGCGCCGUGUCUGUGCUCACCACCAUCCUGAGGUCCACGGCCCCGGCCCUGGACAACACCACCCUCCAGUUCGACGUGCCGGUGCCGCCCACCGCGGAGUACGCGGCCGGCGCGUACACGAUCUACACCACGGUGGCGCUGCCGGGGAACUCCACGCAGCAGAACACGGUGUGGCAGGCGGGGCCGCUCAGCGGCGGGGACAUAUUGCCGCACCCGACGUCCGGGCCCAACUUGCAGAGCCUUAUGAGGCUGGACUUCCUGUCCGGCUAGAGCACCCUCGGCGCCGAGGUCGAGGUCUCCGCGCCACGCCGCAUAGUCACGGUGUAAUUAUCCGUUAGUGUCAUCCUCAACAUCAUGUAGUACUAUAUAUAAAUAAAUCACGAGGACGGGGCGUCGGCCCAUUGUCUGGGCAGCUGGUGUUGCUGCCAGCCCACUUAAGUUCGAGUCCUGGUUUGGACACGCGAUGCUCGUGGAGUUUCUCCUAUAAAAAAUUACCAACAAAGGUUAACCCUUGGGUUGGUCUCAUUUAUAAAUAAAUCACACGACAUAUUUCUCG